GAUCCCAAUAAUUAAAAACGAAAGAUGAGACUUUAUUGAGAUAGAGGCCCCUCUGGCUCUGGAGAGUCUCAGAUGCUGUUGGGUGAGAGGAUGGUGGGUUUGUUUUCCAACACAUAAACAAAAACCAAAGAGCAACAAACAAACCCAUAAUUAAAGGUAAAGCAUUGCUUCUGGAUUGGGUUGGUGAUUUCACAGCUUGAUCCUUGUUUUAUGGGCGUUCCUAUAAAUACUUGACCCUUUUUUUUUCUGGACCUUUUCCAAUUCCUUGAUGGAGGUUCCGGAGAUGGAGGAGCCAAAGCCUGAAAGUCAUUUGACAUCAGCUGCAGCCUUUGUGGAAGGGGGAAUACAACCAGCCUGUGACGAUGCUUGCAGCAUAUGCCUCGAGGAUUUUUCUGAAAGUGAUCCAUCAACGGUGACUACUUGCAAGCAUGAAUUUCACCUCCAGUGCAUCCUUGAAUGGUGCCAGAGAAGCUCCCAGUGUCCCAUGUGUUGGCAACCUAUUAGCCUAAAGGAUUCUACCAGUCAAGAAUUGCUUGAGGCAGUGGAACGAGAGAGGAGCUUUAGGGUUACUCCGCCAAGAAAUGCCACUAUAUUUCAUCAUCCCACCCUUGGUGCUUUUGAAUUGCAGCAUUUACCGGUAGGUGCUAAUGAUGCUGACCUUGAAGAGCGUAUAAUCCAGCACUUGGCAGCUGCUGCUGCAAUGGGAAGGGCCCACCACAUUGGUAGGAGGGAUGGUCACAGAGGUCGAUCAUCUGCCCAUGGUCGACCACACUUUUUGGUAUUCUCCACUCAUCCUGGUGGACCUCCCGGUCCCGUUUCUGCCUCUGGAGGGGACAAUGAGCCAGUUGCAAUUAGUGUAGCUAGUCCAUCAACCCCGCUUGCAUCUGGUGGGGAUGAACCAUCACAGCAGGUCCCACAUUUUCCUUCAGUUCAUACUGAUCAUGUUUCUUCACCAGCAUCUGGACCUACUUUCCUGCCUACAAAUCGUCAAGGAAUUUCCUUUAGUAAUCGGAGCCCUGCUCUACAUUCCUCACCACCAAAUCAAGAUGGAGCAGGACCGUCAGAUCUUCAGUCAUUUUCAGAGUCUCUGAAAUCUAGAUUUAAUGCCAUGUCAAUGAGAUACAAAGAGUCAAUUUCAAAGAGUACCAGAGGGUGGAAGGAGAGGCUUUUCUCUCGUAACACUUCCAUGACGGAUAUUGGCCCUGAUGUUCCGAGAGAAGUGAAUGCAGGAAUUGCUGGUGUAUCUCAUAUGAUGGAACGCCUUGAGACCAGAGAAAAUAGUAGUGCCAACCCAGCCUCUGUAGCAAAUCACGUAGGCGAUUUUUCUGUUACGGAGCAGAACAACCAGAACAUUGCAGAGACUCAUGGAGAAAGCCCUUUGAAUGACAGCAAUCAACCUGCUUCUUGCGCUGCAAGUUCAGCUUCAGGUUAAGUUGAUGAAAAUUGUUUCAGCAGGUGCAUCUAUCCUCAGCAUUUCAUAUUUGAAGAGGGCAUCUGUUGUUCAGAAUGAAGUUCUUUGAAUUGAGGGUCUGCCGGCAUGCCUCCAUGUGUUGUGUGAAUCUGUUUGCCUAUGCCCCCUCCCAGAAAAAAAAUAAAAUAAAAUAAAAAAAUAAAGAAAGAAAAAGAAAAAGAAGGCAAGAGAAAGAAUGUGCAAGAACAUAGCUACUCUUUUUUAUAAUUCUUUUGGACCCCUUUCAAGUAUUAGUAAUACACACAUUCUUUGUCAAUUUCAUCAGUUGUUCUUAAGAUGUCAUGACAGUGAACUGGCAAUAGGUGUCAUUGACACAGUUAUUAUAGAACUUUGUCUGGUGCCUAUUGCCAACAAACUGUUUUGGAGUUUGAAAGUUUUGGAAUAUUUUCAGUGUACUUUAUCCUAAUCUUUACUCCUUAUUUAAACUUUAAUCUAAGUUUAGCUUGGAUUUCAGGUUAACCUCUUUCUCCAAA